AUGAAAUUCUCCAUCGCUGCUAUCACCGGCUUCGUCAGCGCCAUCAGCGCCGCCACCCUUCCCUCGGCCUUCACUCUGGUUGCGAAGGGCGGCAAUACUGUUCUGACCGACGGCCAGUACGCUUUCAUCGGUGCCAACACCACUGACCACGAGAUCCUGAUCCUCCGUGGCGGCAGCCCCAACGGUCUCGUCUCCUUCACCUCCAAGGACGGUGUCCCCACCGCUUUCCAGAACCUCUACAUCGUCGAGGACUCCGUUUCUCCCCUCGGCCUGACCUUUCCCCACUCCAGUGCCGUUCCCCAGGGUGGCAACACCACCGGCUUCGGUGUUAACAACAGGGGCCUCUUCACCCACGGUGGCAAGGCUUGGUUCGCUGUUGACGGCUACGGCCAGAACCCUGUUCAGGAGAUCUACUGGUACGGUGCUCACAACGCCGAGUACCGCUCCGAGCAGCUCUAUGUUAAGGAGUUCAAGAACUACUCCGCUUAA